GGCUCUGCCCAGUACGCAGCUACGGAAGCCUUGGAGUUUACCUAGCUAGCGAGCUAGCUUCAUGAAAAUGGCCAGCUGGGGAAGGGUUGCGGCUGUCUUGAGGAAUGUUUUGAGGAGUCGUCAGUCUCUGAAAAGUUUAGUAGUGCGCCGUGCAGCCGGCCCUGGUGUUUUUGGCUGUGUAAUCGGAACUGGAGUCAUCUGUUACUAUCAGUAUUAUGCAAACAACAGGACUCUGCCCUUCGCUGUUCUUGCUGAGGAACAAAAAGAGGCCGCAGCUCCCCAGCUGUCUGCCAGAAGGAUUCGUUUCAUCCAGUUCGCCUCAGUGGUGUACGAACAGGAGCCCUACAUGACCCCCAGAGACUUCCUGUACUCUGUGAUGCUGGAGAACGUAGACCGAAAGCUGCAGAAGAGAGUUUUAACAACAAAGGAAUUCAAGAACAUGUUGACGUCUGCCGCAAAAGUUCGGCCUGGUAAUGACCUGUUCAGAACCUUAGGAGACAAUGGUUUAAUAUCCUACACAGAGUAUCUGUUCCUGCUGACUAUCCUGACCAAGCCACGUACAGGAUUUCACAUAGCUUUCAAAAUGCUUGAUGUUGACGGCAAUGAGCAUGUGGACAGAAAGGAAUUCCUCAAGUUGAAGAACAUCAUUGGAAAAAAUAAAAACAAAGUUCCUAAAGACAGCACAGAGAAACCAGUGGAAGAAGGGGAAAGUGUGAACACAUCUCUGCAGGCCUAUUUCUUUGGGAAGAAUGGAUCAAACAAGCUGCAGUACCAGGAGUUCCGCAGGUUCAUGGAGGACCUGCAGGCUGAGGUCCAGGAGAUGGAGUUCCUACAGUUCUCCAAAGGUAUGGACACCAUGCGAAGAGAAGACUUCGCAGAGUGGCUUCUUCACUACACCAAUGAAGAAGACAAUGAAUCCUACUGGGAAAACAUGAGGAAGAGGAUCCCUGCUGGCCAGAGUAUCACUUUUGAUGAGUUCAAAGCCUUCUGCCUCUUCACCAACAAUCUGGAGGACUUUGCCUUUUCAAUGAAACUGGUCACUGGAGCCAACCGCCCUGUUGGAAUGGCCCAGUUCAAGCGAGCUGUGAGGAUUGCUACAGGCCAUGAUCUGUCUGAGAACGUGCUGGACACGGUAUUUAAACUGUUUGACAUGGACGGAGACAGCUGUCUGAGCCAUAAGGAAUUCAUCGGUGUGAUGAAAGACAGAGUGCUGCGAGGUCUGAAGGUGCAGCAACAAAACGGCUUCUCUGGCUACUGGAAAUGUGUGAAGAGAGAGACACUGAAGGCAGCUCAGGAGGCGUUGGGCGACACCGGGUGCCCCAUCUGAACCACCAUGAUCACUCACACCACUCAGCAUGGUAUCAUCUAAUCAAAUAAGUUGUGUGAGCAAGAUUUUAAAUGUAACCACAUGUAAAGAAACCACGGAUUUACACCACUAUCUUAUGUAUAAAUGUGUUUACAGAUGAGUAAUGUAUUGUGUGAACUUUGGUUAUGGUGUUUACAAUUUCUUUUUUAUUUUGCACACUUAAUUACUCACUAGCAGUGUGUUUACAAAACCAGCUAACUGUGGUUCGAGGGAUAUAUACUAAUUCAGUGUGUACUGAUGCAUUUUCAAGGGAUUAUACAAUAUCUGGUGUGGGUUUUUCCUUGUUUUUGUUAAAACAUUUAUCAAAUAGUUUUCUAAAAAUGUCAGUGUUUGAACAAUGUUUGAACAUAUUUGAGGUUCACAGAAUAAAGCAGAUAUAACUAAUAA